AUGGCAUCGGACAGCACGACACCUGAGCUGUCGUUGCCGAUAAAUUGCGCCAAUCUCUCGCUAUCAGGUCCAGGUAAGGAUGGUGAGGCCAUGUCCGAACACAGUGAAAAUACAGGCAAUACUAAUGAGUCGGCCAUUCCAGUCCCAACCACAAGCACGGCUAUUGUCGAUAAUCAAAACAAAAGAAAAUCGAAAGUAUCGAAAAGGUUCAAAAAGAAAAACUCGGAAUUAGAACUGGAAAACGUGUCUGCGAAUGAGCCAACCACAAAUGCGAAGAGACGAGGUUCUCUGGUAUCUAACAAUCCUCCAGCAAAGCUUCAUAAGCGGAAACAAAUGUGGGAGACAACGACAAAAGCUGCAAUUUCGUAUUUUGACAAGCCAAGGGGCGGGAUAAAUCUCAUGAUCCUCCGACAAUUCAUCCAAGACGUUCUCAAGGCAAAGCCUGCGUCUCAAAACUACGUUUUCAAAGCUGAUAUGUAUGGUAAUGUCAAGAACAUGACUGUUGUUUUUGUAUCAGGAUUGUUUCAAAAUGACUUGAAUGCUCUAGAAAUAUCCAAUAAUGAGCAUUUACUACAAUUAGAGCGAGACCCCAAAACCUCUCUCCCGUUUUUGUACAACAAAUUCGAAAAGCUAAUCCCAGUGAAACUUCCAACUAAUCGAGACACAUUAGUGGCUCCGAUGAGUGUACUUCUCAAAUGUCCAUUAUCAGGUAGACAAAAAAAGAAACGCAUGAUGGAGAAUAAACGGAACAAACUAGUGAUAGACGAUCUUUUAUUGACAGAAACCGAAAUGCGUGAUAACAACUACCCAAUUCACAGCAAAAUUAAUACUUCAAACGAGAAUGCUCUACCAGAUGGUUGGAAGGAAACACAGAGCUUCGAGCAUGAUGGAUCACACACCUUUGCUAUCGAUUGCGAGUUCUGUGAUGCCAAAUCCGGGAAAGUGCUUACUCGUAUAUCGAUUGUAAAUUUCCAGAAUGAAGUCAUAUACGAUACUUAUGUGAAGCCACAGGAAGAGAUCAUUGACUACAAAACCAAGUACUCUGGUAUCACAGAAGAGAUUUUGGAGGGAGUCACAACGACUCUCGAAGAAGUUCAAGAAAAGCUCUUGUCUCUAAUUUCUGAUAGUGACGUUUUGAUCGGACAUUCCUUGGAGUCUGACUUAAAGGUGCUUCGACUUCGUCACCCCAGAGUCAUUGACUCGUCAUUAGUAUACGAACAUCACAAUGGAUUUCCGCAAAAACCGGGUUUGAAAUGGUUAUCUGAACAAUUUUUGGAUCGCAAGAUCCAAAAAGGUGAGAGUAAUGGUACCGGGCAUUCAUCAGUAGAAGACCUGAACGCUUGCUUGGAUCUCAUCAAGCUUAAAUUGAUGUCUGGCCCUCACUUUGGACGUAACCUGGAGGGCACUCUCUUCGAUGAGGGAGUGGGCGCAGCUUUUGAAUCUAGGGCACGAAUCAUCGAUACUGAGGUAUCGCUAUACAACAACAUAUUAAAAGAUAGCGACAAUGUUGAUAUUGUGAAGGUUUCCGAUGAUGAUGAGGCAGUCAGUACUUUUGACGCCAGAAUUGACGAUUACUUUUUCAACUUGAUAUGGUUGAGAGAUGGCAGAAAAGCGCUCAAAGCGCAACAUGAAGAUAACGGAGAAGGGCAUGACGAAAACUCAGGAAAAGAAGGAGGUCGUGAAUCGCUCUUGGCUGACAUUAACAAUAGAUUGUUGCAAAUUUACGCAGCACUUCCUUCCGGAUCGAUAUUCAUGAUAUGCUCAGAUGGAGGAGACACAACCGAGAUAUCAGGCCUACAAAGUACGCGACGAGAGUAUCAAAAGCAGCUUCGAUCUGGAGUUGAACCGGCAGACAUAACAUCCGACGUUUGGGACACAGACAAGCAAUUGCGUUUGAGCCUGGCAGUUGGCGAGGCUCGGAAGGGUUUUGCCCUUAUUAACGUGAAAGAUUAG